UCUCCGCUCUCGGCCGCCUACCACCACCAUCACCCGCAGCAGCCGCCGCAGCAACAGCCGCCGCCUCCACCCCGGGCCGGCGCCCCGCCACCUCCUGCCUCGGGGACGCGGGUGGUUCCAAACCACCACCACAGCGGCUCGGCCCCAGCGCCGUCCAGCAAAGACCUCAAAUUCGGAAUUGACCGCAUUUUGUCUGCAGAAUUUGACCCCAAAGUCAAGGAAGGCAACACACUGAGAGAUCUCACAUCCUUGUUAACCGGUGGGCGGCCCGCAGGGGUGCAUCUCCCGGGCCUGCAGCCCUCCGCAGGCCAGUUCUUCGCGUCUCUAGAUCCCAUGAAUGAGGCUUCUGCUAUCCUGAGUCCAUUAAGCUCGAACCCAAGAAAUUCGGUUCAGCAUCAGUUCCAAGACACGUUUCCAGGUCCCUAUGCCGUGCUCACGAAGGACACCAUGCCGCAGACAUACAAGAGGAAGCGCUCCUGGUCCCGCGCCGUCUUCUCCAACCUGCAGAGGAAAGGCCUGGAGAAAAGGUUUGAGAUUCAGAAGUACGUGACCAAGCCGGACCGAAAACAGCUGGCGGCGAUGCUGGGCCUCACCGACGCUCAGGUGAAAGUGUGGUUCCAGAACAGGCGGAUGAAGUGGCGGCACUCCAAGGAGGCCCAGGCCCAGAAAGACAAGGACAAGGAGGCCGGAGAGAAGCUUUCAGGUGGAGCCCCGGCUGCAGAAGGGGAACAGGAGGAGAGGAGCCCCAGCCGCUCUGAUGGCGAGGCAGAGAGCGAGAGCAGCGACUCUGAGUCCCUGGACAUGGCCCCCAGUGACACGGAGAGGACUGAGGGGGCUGAGCGGUCUCUGCACCAAACCACAGUUAUCCAGGCCUCAGCCGCGUCCGCGGGCGCCCUCAUCCCCGCCAGCAGUGGCGGCGUCAGCAGCCUCAGGAGCAGCAGCACCAACUCGGGUAGCACCGCCAGCCUUGGCAGUGGUGGCGGCGCCUCGGAGCUGCUCCCUGUGCCCCAGGCCACAGUCAGCAGUGCUCCCCAAAGCCCAGAGCCUGCCCAAGCUCCACUUGGUGGCUUAUAGACUGGACCAGGGCAAAGGGGGCCCGGGGCCCUGCGUGCGGGCUUGCAGCCGCGGGCAGGAUUUUGCGCCUAGUUUAUCUUGCCAGGGCAAGGGCCGGAGGCGCAGGAAGUGUCCAUUCAGACGUUCAUCACACACUUCACCCUCCGCCGCCCCGGCUGGCUGCAGCCCACACUGCCCAGAGCGGAGGGGAGUCUUGGUGUUCCCCAGCCUAAGGCUCCCAUCGCCAGUGGAGCACUUCUCCUAGGACACAAGCAGCUCGCACUGUGAAGAGUUAACUAAACUGUUCCUCCCUGCAGCGGGUGUCAAAAGGCGCAAGACGUGCUGCACUUAGGAAGACUUAAACUUGUAAAUAAAAUGUUUACUACGGUUUGUAAA